GCCCUAGAGGGGAAGAGCCAGAGAUGGACCUUGUGAGAUUCGCCCGGCUCUUCUCCGGCCCUCGCCCAGUGGGACUGUAUGCCCUUCAGCACCUUGACCCUCUCAGAGCCAAAUGGGCAGGAGGCAGGGAGGGGCCUAAAUGGCUGAGGGCCGCGGGGCUGACACAAGCCUGCAGCAGCUCCCCCUCUCAACUGCCCCUUGGCCAGGGGAACCAGAAGAACAGGAGCAGCGUCAGCUCUGACCUGAGCCAGCCCGGCCCCAUGGCCACUCAGGAGGAAGAGGAAGAGAGCUUUGGGACCCUCUCCAACAAAUAUUCCUCAAGGAGAAUGUUCCAAAAAUCGACAGCCCAGUUGUACAACCUACGGCUCAGGGAACCGAGUGUUGACGAAGAUGAGGAGAGGGACCUGGAGCCAAAGCCAUGGCGGGGCCGGAAAAACACCCCUUACUGGUACUUCUUCCGGUGCAAACACCUGAUCAAAGAAGGAAAGCUGGCAGAGGCCCUGGAGCUGUUUGAGAGGCAGAUGCUGAAGGAGGAGCGACUCCAGCCCCAAUGCAACCCUCAGGUGCUGAUCGGGGCUGUGGCGGCGAUAACUGAAGCCGCGGCCUCUGCCAAUGAUAUGAAAAAGCGGGACCUGGAGCCCUCAGAUGCCACAUAUACGGCCCUGUUCAACGUCUGCGCUGAGUCCCCCUGGAAGGACUCUGCUCUGCAGAGUGCCCUGAAGCUCCGGCAGCAGCUCCAGGCCAGAAACUUCCAGCUCAACUUGAAAACAUACCAUGCACUGCUGAAGAUGGCCGCCAUGUGCGCAGACCUCAGGAUGUGCCUCGAUGUGUUCAAGGAAAUUGUCCAGAAAGGGCAUGCAGUCACCGAGAGGACCUUCAGCUUGCUGCUCAUGGGCUGCAUCCAGGACAAGAAGACGGGUUUUCGAUAUGCCCUGCAGGUGUGGAGGCAGAUGCUGAGUCUGGGGCUGCAGCCAAGCCAGCAUGGCUACAACCUGCUCCUGGGGGCAGCUCGAGACUGCGGCCUGGGGGACCCGGAGGUGGCCUCGGCACUGCUCCUGAGGCCCAGGGAGGAGACAGUCUUGCUCCAGCCCCUGGCAGGUGGGUUUCGGGCAAGGAGGAGAGCCCAGGCCCGGGGGGGCGACGGUAUGUCAGUCAGGCUGGACGUGGAGGCCCUGGAGAGGCAGCUGUUUCUGGAACCUUCUCAGGUGCUUGAGGGCCCUCUGGAGCCUCAGGAAGCCAGAGGCCCCAGCAAGGCCCAGCCCGAAGUGGAAACCAAGACAGAGCCUGACCACAUGGUGGCCCUCACUUCUUUGGCCCCAGAGCCUUCUCCCCGGGGGCCGGAGACCAACCUCCUGACCUUGGGAGCAGUCUCCCCAGCUGUGGUCUCCUUUGGGACUGUGACCACCCCGGCUGACCGGCUAGCCUUGAUGGGGGGCCUGGAGGGCUUCCUGGGCAAGAUGGCAGAGCACGGGCUCCGACCCAACAUCAAAACCCUCACACUGCUUGCUGAGGUGGUGGAGCCCGGGAGUCCCGCGGAGUCCUCACUGCUGACCGUCCUGGACAUGCACCAGGUGGAGGCUGAUGUGACGUUCUUCAACACGCUGAUGAGGAAGAAGAGCAAGCUUGGAGAUCUGGAGGGGGCGAAGGCUCUGCUGCCACUCCUGGCAAAGAGGGGGAUCCUUCCCAACCUGCAGACGUUCUGCAACCUGGCCAUUGGGUGCCACAGGCCAGGGGACGGCCUGCGACUACUCGCAGACAUGAAGAAAUCCCAGAUGACUCCCAACACCCACAUCUACAGCACCCUCAUCAACGCCGCCCUCAAGAGGCUGGACUACACCUAUCUCAUUGACAUCCUGAAGGACAUGAGGCAGAACAGAGUCCCGGUGAAUGAGGUGGUCAUCCGCCAACUGGAGUUUGCAGCCCAGUACCCACCCAGCUUUGAUCGGUACAAAGAGAAAAACACCUACUUGGAGAAGAUUGAUGGCUUCCGAGCUUAUUACAAGCAGUGGCUGAAAGUGAUGCCAGCAGAGGAAACCCCCCACCCGUGGCAGAAGUUCCGGACCAAGCCCAAGGGGAACCAAGACGCCAUCACUGAGGCUGACAUGGACAGAGGCCUUGGAAGCAGGUGA